AUGCCCGCCGACUCCACCCGCCCCCCCUGCGGCUCAGCCAAAACCACCCACGCCUACAACACCCCGCUCCACAUCCUCGCCCUCCUCCUAAUCCUCACUCUCAGCACCCUUGCCUGCUCCUUUCCCCUCCUCGCCCGACGCUUCCCCUCCCUGCCCAUCCCCUCCUACACCCUCUUCCUGUCCCGGCACUUCGGUACAGGGGUCCUGCUCGCCACGGCAUUCGUGCAUCUAUUACCGACGGCGUAUACGAGCUUGACGGAUCCAUGUCUGCCGCGGUUUUGGAACGAGGUGUAUCCUGCAAUGAGUGGGUUUGUGGCUAUGGUUUCUGUCAUGGUUGUUGUGGGGAUUGAGAUGGUGUUUGCGAGUAAAGGGGCCAGGCAUAGUCAUGGGGGGAUGGAUUUUGGGGAGUUGAGGGGGAGUGGUGAGGGGCAGCAGAAGGGUAGGAGGCCGGAGGUGGGGAGGAGGUCGAGUAGUUUUAGGAGGUUUCAGCAAGGCUCUUUGGGGCAGCGGCAGCAGCAGCAGCAGCAGGAAAGGUACGAGGACUAUGACGAGAGGGAGAAUGUGGCGUUGCGGGAGCAGAGGAGCCCUCGAGAUUUGGAGGCUCUAAAUAAACCACUACCACCUGAACCUCCUUCUGAGGAUGAAGAUUCGGAUCUCGACCUCGAUAGUUACGAUCCCAUGGCGAACGAGGACCGACAACCUCUCACCAGCGCCAAUGGCUCAGCAUCGAAACAAAAGCGCCCCUCCAUCGCCAACGGCCGACCAAACCACCCCUUCCGCUCCGUCUCCUUCGCCGACUCACCCACCUUCGCCCCCUCACCAUCCCCACUCACAUCCACCGCAGCCGAACAACGCGCGAUCCUGCAAUGUCUCCUCCUCGAAGCCGGCAUCCUCUUCCACUCCGUCUUCAUCGGCAUGGCCCUGUCCGUCUCCACCGGCCCCGCCUUUCUCGUCCUCCUCGUCGCCAUAUCCUUCCAUCAGACUUUCGAGGGUCUCGCCUUGGGAUCACGGAUAGCGGCUAUCAGCUCCUUCUCCACUUCCAGUCCGAAACCCUGGCUCAUGUCGGUCAUGUAUGGUGUUACGACGCCCAUUGGGCAGGCGAUUGGGUUGGCGGUGCAUACGCUUUAUGAUCCGGCGAGUCAGUUUGGGUUGUUGAUGGUGGGGAUCGUGAAUGCGAUUAGUUCGGGACUCCUCUUGUAUGCGGGACUCGUGCAGCUACUGGCGGAAGACUUCUUGUCCGAUCAGAGUUAUCAUGAUUUGCAUGGUCGGAGGAGACUAGAAGCUUGUGGUGCCGUGAUCUGCGGGAGCAUGUUGAUGGCGUUCGUGGGUGCUUUUGCGUAA